AUGUCAUCGCGUAGCUCCAUGGUGGCCCUGGGGCUAGGCUCCCAGCCCAGCUGCAGCGCUUGUCUGCCAGCCCAAAGGAGUUCCCUCCCUGAGCUGCACCUCUUUCCACCCCGGAGCCGCUCACUUGCCCUGCUUGGCCAGAAGGACUUCUUUGAGAGCUUUGAUGGGAGCUUCUGUGAUGUGAACGAUGCCUUGGGGGCUGACCUGUUCAACUGCAGCUACUCCAUCCCUGACCCACAGCUGGUCAGGAGAAUUGUGUCCCAGGUGGAGUUUUACCUCUCAGACGAGAAUUUGGCCAAGGAUGCCUUCCUCUUGAAACAUGUCCAGAAGAACAAGAUGGGCUAUGUCAGCAUUAAAUUGCUGACAUCCUUCAAGAAGGUGAAAUACCUUACACGAGACUGGCGGCUUACACUCUACGCUCUGCAGUUCUCGGAGCUGUUGGAGGUGAACGAGGAAGGGACUAAGGUGAGACGGAGGAUCCCUAUCCCUGAAUCACUGCUGAGCAUCCCACCCAGCAAGCUGCUCUUGGCUUGGGACCUCCUGCCCCAGGAGCAGAGCGUGUUGCCACCACUCCAGAAGAACUUCAUCGAGACUAUCACGAGGAUGUUCAGCCCAUUUGGCGCCAUUGCCUCCAUCCGCAUCCUGCGGCCUGGGAGGAAGCUGCCAUCGGACGUGAGGAAGUACACGUCCCGCUACCCUGAGCUCCUGACCAAGUGCUGUGCCCUAGUGGAAUAUGAAAGCCUGGAGAGCGCCAGGAAAGCCUUUGAAGACUUGAACCACCAGACCCAGGGCUCCCCAGGGAGGGAGAGCAUCAAGGUGGUCCGCCUUUCUGGCAAGGGCUCCAAGAAGAAAAGUGGGGCCGAGAGGGAAGUGUCUGAAGAUGUGGAGCUCACCGACAAGUUAGGCUGGAAGCAGCAGGCAGCCGUGGUACCUGAGAAGUUUCCGUACUGCCUUGGUGAGUCCCUCCUCUACAGCGAUUUGGAGUCGGAUGGUGCGCUGGCAUCCCCACCGCUGCUCGUGCACAAGCUCCUUUCCACUCCGGGCUGGCCCAGCAGCUCCAGCUUCAAACCCUGCUCCUACUCGAGCCCCUACUCUGGCUCCCUCUUGUCCAGCAAGAUCUUCCCUCCCCUCGCCACCGAGCUGGGGAAUGGCAGCUCCUACAGCCUGAGCUCCAGCUCGGAGAUGCAGAGGUUUGCUGACUCCGGCUGGGAGAGCGGGAUGGCUCUGGGCAGCGUGUGGGCCCCAUGGCGAUGCGGCCCAGCCUCCAGCCCCUCUCUGGACCUCAAACCUCCACCCUGCAAUCCUCCGGUGGGCAAAAAGGUGCCAGAUUCCUUCAGCCUCCGAGCCGGGGUGAUCCGCCUGCCGCAUGGGCCAGAUGGCACCAAGGGCUUCUACAACAGCAUCGGGAGAGGGAAACUCGUCCUUGGGCACUAG